CCUUACGUUCUAGUGAGGGUAGACAGACACUAACAAACAUAUAGCGAGACAGAUGGUGAUCAGAGGUAAGAGGAAGUAUGAAGCAAGAUCUGAUAUUUGUGUUCUAGGCACAGCAGCCACACAGAAAAGAUGGGAGAGGAGGCCAAUGAUGACAAGAAGCCAACUACUAAAUUUGAACUAGAGCGAGAAACAGAACUUCGCUUUGAGGUGGAGGCAUCUCAGUCAGUUCAGUUGGAGCUGCUCGCCGGCAUGGCAGAAAUCUUUGGCACAGAGCUUACCCGAAACAAGAAAUUCACCUUUGAUGCUGGUGCCAAGGUGGCUGUUUUCACUUGGCAUGGCUGUUCUCUACAGCUCAGUGGCCGCACCGAGGUGGCUUAUGUCUCCAAGGACACCCCUAUGGUGCUUUAUCUCAACACUCAUACAGCCUUGGAGCAGAUGCGGAGGCAGGCGGAGAAGGAAGAAGAGCGGGGGCCCCGCGUGAUGGUAGUGGGCCCCACUGAUGUGGGCAAGUCCACAGUGUGCCGUCUACUGCUCAACUACGCAGUGCGUUUGGGCCGCCGGCCCACUUACGUGGAGUUGGAUGUGGGCCAGGGCUCUGUGUCUAUCCCUGGUACCAUGGGGGCCCUCUACAUUGAGCGGCCAGCAGAUGUUGAAGAGGGAUUCUCGAUCCAGGCCCCUCUGGUGUAUCAUUUCGGCUCCACCACUCCUGGCACCAAUAUCAAGCUUUAUAAUAAGAUUACAUCUCGUUUAGCAGACGUGUUCAACCAAAGGUGUGAAGUGAACCGAAGGGCCUCUGUGAGUGGCUGUGUCAUUAACACCUGUGGCUGGGUCAAGGGCUCUGGUUACCAGGCACUGGUGCAUGCAGCCUCCGCCUUUGAGGUGGAUGUAGUUGUGGUUCUGGAUCAAGAACGGCUGUACAAUGAACUGAAACGGGACCUGCCUCACUUUGUACGCACUGUGCUGCUCCCUAAAUCCGGGGGUGUGGUUGAGCGCUCCAAGGACUUCCGGCGGGAAUGUAGGGACGAGCGGAUCCGUGAGUAUUUCUAUGGAUUCCGGGGCUGUUUCUACCCCCACGCCUUCAAUGUCAAAUUUUCAGAUGUAAAAAUCUACAAAGUUGGGGCACCCACCAUCCCAGACUCCUGUCUGCCUCUGGGCAUGUCUCAGGAGGACAAUCAGCUCAAGCUAGUGCCUGUCACCCCUGGCCGAGAUAUGGUGCACCACCUGCUGAGUGUCAGCACUGCUGAGGGCACAGAGGAGAACCUCUCCGAGACCAGCGUGGCUGGCUUCAUCGUGGUGACCAGUGUGGACCUAGAGCAUCAGGUGUUCACUGUUCUCUCUCCAGCCCCCCGCCCACUGCCUAAGAACUUCCUUCUCAUCAUGGAUAUCCGCUUCAUGGAUCUUAAGUAGAGACCAGCAGGAAGGCUUGCUGCCUGGGGCCUAGAGAUCUUCUGACCAUCACCUAAGGCAGAUGGGCUGAGGUAUGAGAAUCUCUUGAGGCCAGGCUGACCAGUAAAUGGUGGACUACUCAAAAGCGUAUAUUCUACCUCUUAAAACAGGUGGUGGUAACCUAACUCUUCUGAUCUUGAACCGGAAGGAAAACCAUGAGAAUAUAAGUGGUUUCUUAGGUCACCUGAGUUGCCACUUUGGAUGAUCUGAGUUCCAGAGAAGUCCCGUUUUUUUCACUGUGCUACUAUGUGGACUAAUUUAUUACUUCUUUAUAUUCUGUAUAUAGUACUUGUUAUCUUGUUUGUCCAGGAUGAGAGAGGGAAUUCAAAGGACCCCUUCCAAUAAAGUUCAUACUUGGGGAAAAAAACCCACUAUUUUAAUAAACAUUUUUGUCAUA